AGAACGCCGGAAACCCGACGGAAAAUUAUUUUUGAACACAACGCUGCUUACAUUUAUUAAGCUGAAGUUCAGAAAAGCUUGCAUCUCUGAAACUGGUAGUUCUAUCGCCUUAACUCUUCGACGCAUUUUCGGACAAAAGUGAUCAGUUUUAACGAGCGGACCAACAAAGAAGUGACCCCAUCCAAACAUGGCUGACAUCAACGUUGCCGGUGUCGUGGCGAUUGUUUUGUUUUAUAUGCUCAUUCUCGCCAUUGGUUUGUGGGCCGCUCGCCGGCGAAAGGACAACGAGGAAGAGACUAUGUUAGCAGGACGAAGUAUUGGGAUGGUUGUGGGUACCUUCACUUUAACAGCAACAUGGGUCGGCGGAGGAUACAUCAAUGGUACAGCGGAGGUACUCUAUGAUAAAGACCAAGGUCUCGUCUGGGCCCAGGCCCCUUGGGGCUAUGCUCUUAGCCUGGGGUUAGGUGGACUUCUUUUUGCCAAGAUCAUGCGCCAAAGAGAGUACGUUACCAUGAUUGACCCUUUCCAAGAAAGGUACGGUCCGCGUAUGGGUGGAUUGUUAUACAUCCCCGCACUUUUGGGCGAAGUAUUUUGGUCUGGUGCCAUCUUGUCAGCUCUUGGUGCCACUGUGAGUGUCGUUAUCAACUUGGAUCGCUUCACUUCUGUCGUUGUUUCCGCGUGUAUUGCUAUUUUCUACACGUUGAUGGGUGGAUUGUACUCUGUAGCUUACACUGAUGUUAUUCAGCUCAUCUGCAUCUUUGUUGGACUGUGGCUCAGUAUUCCAUUCGCCAUGACUCAUGAAGCAGUGAGCAGCAUCACCGAAGAUUCCGGCAAAUGGGUUGGAGAGAUACCUACUGCAAAGAUUGGAGUGUGGCUGGACUAUGCUAUGCUGCUGAUUUGCGGUGGCCUUCCAUGGCAAGUGUACUUUCAGCGUGUGUUGUCGUGCAAGACACCAGGAAAGGCUCGUAUAUUGUCUCUGAACGCUUCCUUUGGAUGCAUGUUCAUGGCUAUUCCUGCAAUACUCAUUGGAGCCAUCGGUGCUUCAACAGAUUGGACCCAAACUUCGUUCUACAAACCACCUGAGGGUAACAUUACAAACCAAACAGCCUCGGUAUAUGUCGAUAAAACUCUGAUCCUUCCCAUGGUGCUUCAGUACCUCACACCAACAGCUGUGUCAUUCAUUGGUCUGGGUGCUGUGUCUGCUGCCGUCAUGUCGUCCACUGAUUCCAGUAUGCUCUCAGCCAGCUCUAUGUUUGCCCAUAACAUUUACAAACUCAUCUUUAGACAGAAGGCCUCCGAGAAAGAAGUUGUGUGGGUGAUGCGUUUUGCCAUAUUUGGAGUUGGCGCGGCCGCUACAGCCAUGGCACUGUCUGUUGGUUCCAUCUACGUGUUAUUCCAUCUGUGCAGUGAUCUCGUGUUUGUGAUACUGUUCCCGCAGUUGUGUUGUGUUAUCUAUUUCAAAGCCUCUAAUACUUACGGCUCCAUUGCAGGCUAUAUAUUUGGGCUUUUUCUGCGCGUGGGGGGAGGGGAAGAUAAAAUUGGUUUUCACCCCUUCAUUAAAUACCCAUUUUAUGACGAGGUAAAGGGCCAGCUGUUUCCGUUCCGUACUCUGUCCAUGAUUGUUUCUUUUUCUACGAUCGUGUCGGUGUCGUUCUUAGCAAAGUAUUUGUUUGAACGGGAGAUUGUACCGUUGAAGUAUGAUUUCCUGAACGCCUUCAGGAAAAACGAGGAGGAGAAAGAGCCAACGAAACCAGCAGAGGAAAAGUUUAUAAUGAAAGAUUACUAAGACAACAAAAUUUGAGAGAGAUUUUACUGUGCAGUCGUGUUGAUUCUUCCGUUCGCAGUCCUAGUUCUAGCAAUGAUGCAUGUAGGAUAACUAGACGUCAAGAUAAAAGACAUCGCGUGUGAAAUGUCUACCAGUAGGAACAGGAGCAAUUUCAGUGAGAGCUUACUUAAACAAGUUUACAUAUCGAAACAUGUAUCCACUUCACGUAUAGAUUGUCUGACCCUGCUAGAAUAUAAUUAUGUUUUUUUUCUGAGUUUAAUAGAAAAGAAUAAAAUUGUUGUCUCAAGAUCA